AUGGUGCGAAAGCCUUCUUUUCGGUUUUCCUUCAGGAUGGCAUUCCUCAAAUAUCUUCGCUCUGUUAAGAAUGAGCUGAUCCUUUUUUCGACUCCAUUUAUUCUUCUUCCUCUGCCUUUAGUGAUCGGGACAUCGGAGGCAGAAUGUGCCUAUGUGAUCAUCCUGAUGGCAGUUUAUUGGUGCACUGAGGUCCUUCCUCUGGCUGUAACGGCUCUGCUUCCAGCCCUCUUGUUCCCCCUGUUUGGCAUCAUGCAAUCCAAAGAUGUGUGUAUGCAGUACCUGAAAGACACAAACUUGCUGUUUGUGGGGGGGCUUAUGGUUGCAGUAGCCGUGGAGCACUGGAAUCUGCACAAGCGCAUUGCCUUAAGGGUGCUGCUCCUCGUUGGUGUGCGUCCAGCACUCUUGAUGUUGGGUUUCAUGGGUGUCACUGCCUUCUUGUCCAUGUGGAUAAGUAACACUGCUACCACAGCCAUGAUGGUGCCUAUUGUCCAAGCAGUGCUGGAGCAGCUCAACAACAGUGAUGCAGAGAUACCUCAGAUUCUCAGCCAGGAGGAGCAGCUCCAUACGUCAGAGCCUGAUACUAAACAGCCUCCCCAGACAGAGAAACAGAAUGAUGGACAAGGUUCAUUGGUUGUGACUUUCUUGGAUGCCACGGUGGAGGCUGCCAGGCAGAUGGAGGCAGCAGAAAGGCGGAAAAUGUGUAAAGGGAUGACCCUGUGCAUUUGUUACGCUGCCAGCAUCGGAGGCACCGCUACACUGACAGGAACAGGCCCUAAUCUUGUGCUCAAAGGCCAGAUGAACCAACUCUUUCCCGAAAAUGGAGAUGUGAUUAACUUUGCCUCCUGGUUCGGCUUUGCGUUCCCAAACAUGAUCCUCAUGCUCACGUUGGCCUGGCUUUGGCUGCAGUUUGUCUUCAUGGGAUUCAACAUUAAGAAGACAUGGGGCUGUGGGGCUGUGAAGACAGAUAAGGAUAUUGCUGCCUUUAAUGUGAUCAGAGAGCAGCAUCGUCUUCUGGGGCCGAUGUCGUUUGGGGAGAUCAGUGUCCUUGGCCUCUUCUGCCUGCUGGUAGUGUUGUGGUUCACAAGGGAACCAGGGUUUGUUCACGGCUGGGCUACAAACAUCUUCAACUCCAAAGCAGAGUAUGUGACAGAUGCCACAGUGGCAAUCUUCAUCGCCAUUCUUCUGUUUGUUCUGCCCUCAAAACCUCCACGCUUCUGUUCUCGGAGGUCUCAUAGUUUUGACACGGUAUCCCGUCAAACUUCUGGCUCAACUCCGCGUCUGCUCACCUGGAAAGUUGUCCAAAAGAAGUUACCUUGGGGCAUUGUGCUUCUUCUCGGAGGAGGUUUUGCUCUGGCGAAGGGCAGUGAGAUAUCAGGGCUCUCAAAGUGGAUGGGAGAUCAAAUGACCCCCCUCCAAAGCAUCCCUCCCUGGGCAAUAGCUAUCAUCUUGUGCCUGCUGAUUGCUACCUUUACAGAGUGCACCAGUAAUGUGGCAACAGCGACGCUCUUCCUACCUGUCUUAGCCUCAAUGGCUCAGUCUAUUGGAAUGAAUCCACUCUACGUCAUGGUGCCUUGUACUCUAAGCGCCUCGUUUGCCUUCAUGUUGCCUGUUGCAACGCCUCCAAACGCCAUCGUUUUCUCCUAUGGAUACCUCAAGGUUGCUGACAUGGCCAGGACAGGAAUAGUGAUGAACAUCAUUGGCAUCAUAUGUAUCACACUGGCCAUCAACACCUGGGGCAAGGCCAUGUUUGAGCUGGACUCAUUCCCCGCCUGGGCCAAUGUCACUGGGUUAUGAGCCUUGGUCUGUCAUAGGAGAUGGUCCACAGAAACCCUGCCCUCCCUCUCCACAUGUGCCGCACAAAGACCUCUGGUCAAAGCGACGGGACAACACCACACGGUGGACUGCAUGCACCUGAUUGCUGCUCGAAUACAGGCUUCCCAAUGCUUGUUUUCAUUAACACCUGUGGGUUGCUUGGCAAAGAAAGUGGUGAUAUUAUUGAAGAUGCAAGGAGAGUAGUUGAAGAAAUACUUUUUUUUUUAAAUUUAAAUUGUAUUUAUAUUCUUAAGUGGGGAGACUUUUAAUCCUCAUGAGAAGCCAACCUUUGCAAUAACAUUCAGUUCCUGUUCAGAGGAAAUCAAAGGAAUGGCUUCUUUUUAAGGUCAGAGUUUUUAGAAAUGUUUUACAUAGUCAUAUGUAGCUACAGCUUAAUAUAUAUGAGUCAUGCAAACGAUAUAAUUUAAGGACUUAAGUCGGCACAUUUACUCAAAAACUGCACUUUGUUUCGUUUUUAAUUCUCAUGUUUUUUACUUAAGUUUUACAUUUUAUUUAAGGACAUUUAAUAGAAUAAUACUGUAUUUUUUUCUGUACUGUAUUUAUCAGUAAGAAAUAUCAUAACAAUUAAAAUGUAUACAUUAAAAAUGACUUUCCAGUACAUCACAUUUAGUACAACACUGACAAGUAAUGCCCAAUGAGUAUUUUUAUUAUUUAUAGGUAAUGUAUUUGUCAAAAUCAACUUUAACUUAAUUUAACACUUGACUUCAAGAGUUUUGUUGACUUUUUUUUAUACACUGGGGUUUUUCUUAACUUAGGCUGUUGGCUAAGUUUUCCAUUUUGAUAUUUACAGAUAAUGGGCUAAAAUGUAUUGUUGAGAAGCAACUGGACGCGGGUACACUUGUACUUUUGCCCCUUUUGUAUCAAAGCUGACAACCUUGCCUUGGGCCACAUCAGGGCUGAUGGUAAUGUGUUACAGUUCCAGAAUCAGUUGAACUUUGAAAUGUAUCCUCACUACUGUACGUAGCGCGAAACAUAUGUGCCUUGAACAAACAAAGAAACUGUACUGUAGAAACACUUGUGAUAUUAUGGAUCAAUACAUUUUGUGCUUGCAUUUCCAAAUAACUCACUGCAAUAAUAUCUGUCUGAAUUGCAAUAAAUGUUUUCUUGUCUGAAACACAA